AUUUGAGUUUGUUGUAUCCUGCUUUACGUCAAGCACUAGGUUUCUUGGGUACUUUGCGUGGUCUAUGUGAAAAUCUCGGUAUUCCAUUUCAAGCUGCAAUGCUCAAAUGGGAAGCAGGGCCAAAAGCAUUUGAUGGCCUUUGGGCCCCCUACUGGUAUAAAACUGUACAUAAGUCGACAGGCUUUCAAUCUCCUAGAAAGUAUCCUGUGCCAUUUCCACCCUCUAUGUACAACUUGCUGGAGCAAUGUAUGCCUUUCUAUAACAUGCUUAGGCUCCAUGUGAAGUGGAGUGGUAUAAUGUCCCUCCAGCCUGAACUUCCAGUUCCUGCCAAUGAGAAGUUGCUUGUUUGGGUUGGUGAUGAGAUUGUGCCCCGUGGAAGUGCUAAGGUUUCAGUUCUUGACUCUGUUGUCCAAGGUGGCGAUGCAGUUUGGGAAGGGCUUCGAGUUUAUAAUGGAAAGAUAUUUAAACUGGAGGAGCAUCUAUGUAGGUAAGUGAAAGGGAUUAAAGAAAAGUUUUAAUACUUCAUUCUUACAUUACAUGACAUUAUUUAACUUGUUCAAUAUAUCAGUAGUAUUAUGAUGACAUUUUAUACUAUUACAAAUAGGAAAACAUGCCAAAUUAUCUUCUUCAUGUUUAUACAAUGUCAGUAAAUUUAAUGUAUGUUUUUUUAUGGAGCAUAAUAUUUUAAUUUUGAGGUGGUAGUUUGAGAAGUUACUUAAAUGAUUAUAUGCCUUUAAUUACUUGAAUGAUUGUGCUUGCCAGACAUGCUGUUGGGAAUGCGAUCAAUUAUUUGUUUAAUUUUACUUACAACAUCUUGCUCUCUGGCUCUUUUGGAAUGAGAAGAAAUUAAGAAGAAAUGGGAGAACGGCUAUCAGAAGUGAUGCAGAAAAAAAUAUUAAGAUAAAUUUCAAGUUCUCUUGGAAAUGAUUUCAUAACCUGGCUCAUAACUUGGCAUUGACGUUAUGGCAUCAGUUCUUACAUGCAGUGGAAGUACUUUAUAGUGAAAAUAUCUCAUGCAUUAUUGUUUAGAGAAUCAUUGACUGUAAGUAUAUUAAUGCAUCUGACAAUGGUUUAUUUUCUAAGUAAAACUGUAGAGGCUCCAAAGAGAGGUGGAGGUUUCUUGGGUACAAUUCUGUUAUAUGAGAAGAUUCAGCUUGAAAUAGCAACUUGUUGAUCUAGUUCAUUUCUGCACCAUAUUCUAUGUAGACAUGUUUAGUAAUGCGGAUUUCUGGUCUAGGAACUAUUUUUGAUUGUAGCUAAUUCUAGUUCAAUUGUAACAGCAGGCACCUCAGAUGGC